CCUACGCUUUGCAGUGCACACGAAAACUAUAUUUAAAAAAUUAUAUUUUUAUUUUCGCAAUAGUACGCCUAGUUAUAGUAACAUAAUUAUGAAUAACAUGUUCAAACUAAAACUGUCCGCACUGGGACACCCAAAUCCUGAGAGCUUCAACUGCAAUGAUAAAACCGAGUACAGAAGUGUAGUUCUAUGGUUAGAAGACCAGAAGAUAAGACAUUACAAAAUUGAAGAGCGGGAAGGGCUUAGGCAAAUCGAAACGGACGAAUGGGAUGCGGCGUAUGAUACAUAUCAGAGGGACCUCGUAAGCCCUGUUAUUGAGGGCUCCCCGAAUGAGCAGCUAAACUGGCUGAUGUCGUAUGCCGUCCGGUUAGAAUACGCUGACAAUGCUGAGAAGUAUAAAGAAAUCAAAGUAGAGCAACCCAAACAAGCUACGCCUAAUGUAGUAUCUUCAAACCCAUUGGAUAAUCUUGAUUUUUCCAGUCCAGCAUUCAAGCAAGGCAUUGACAGAGUAUCAACCCUGGCUGGAAUUGGUCCUCAUCCUGAUCCCAAGCUCCGGCUGGCAGCUUUGGCCAAGAUCCUGAAAACAAAUCCUCACCCCGAACCCCCCGCAAAUGAGGCUAACCUCGUCCAGCAACCUGCUGAUGUCCUGACGCUCCUCUUUGUCCAGGAUUUGCGGGACUUGCAAACAAAGAUUAAUGAGGCAUUGGUAGCAGUCCAGAAAGUGACUGCUGAUCCUCGCACGGACACAAGGCUGGGCCGUGUCGGAAGAUAAUUAUAUUUUGUUAAGUUAACAUUCGCCUCAGUGUAAAGGAAGUUUUUUGGGACAGUUUUUUUAGAUUUGUUAACCCUUGCAUGUCAUAGCUGUCUGUUUAAUAGAGUUGAAUAUUAUAACUGCCAUAUAUGGCUUCAUGUGGUAGUCACAUUUGGUAUAAAAUAUUAAAUUCUAAGGUAACAGAUCUAUAGUAAAAUCCAUUACUAAGAGAGACCUAUGCCACUGAUUAUUCCUAAAUUGAAUGCUGUGCAAGUUGAAAUCUUAAAAUUCCUUUCCACUGAAGGCAAAGAAUAAAUUUAAGAUAAUGCUAAUCUUGUAAUAAAACUUGAUCUUAAUCAUUUCUUUACAGAAAUGAGAACUGAUGUCCCAUUAUUUCUAUAUGAUUAAAUUAUACUAAAAUAAGA